AUGGAAAAUGACGUCAAGGUCGACGGUAAACUUGAGGAAGCUGACCGUCUUCUUCCUCCCAAUCCCAGCUCUCUUCCUUCGAAUUCCGAAGAGGACGAAUCCGAAUCCGAAGCCGCCUUCGAAUCUCGAGAUAAGAUCGUGAUCGUCGAUUUCGAAUCUGCCGACGAUCCCGCCACCGGAGAUGCCGCGCCUCCGUUCUCGUGGCGGAAACUGUGGCUGUUCACCGGUCCGGGUUUUCUGAUGAGUAUAGCGUUUUUGGAUCCGGGGAAUCUCGAAGGAGAUCUGCAAGCCGGAGCGGUCGCUGGCUAUUCCCUGCUGUGGCUCUUAAUGUGGGCCACCGCCAUGGGAUUACUGAUUCAGAUGCUCUCCGCUAGAGUCGGCGUCGCCACCGGUCGUCAUCUCGCUGAGCUCUGCCGCGACGAGUAUCCGACUUGGGCUAGGUACGUGCUUUGGUCUAUGGCGGAGCUGGCUCUGAUCGGAGCUGAUAUCCAGGAGGUUAUCGGAAGUGCAAUUGCUAUUCAGAUUCUUAGCCGUGGCGUCUUGCCGCUUUGGGCUGGUGUUGUCAUUACGGCGUCGGAUUGUUUUUUAUUUUUGUUUCUAGAGAAUUAUGGAGUGAGGAAGUUAGAAGCUGUUUUUGCAGUUUUGAUCGCAACGAUGGGUUUGUCAUUUGCUUGGAUGUUUGGUGAAACCAAGCCAAGUGGAAAAGAACUUAUGAUAGGUAUAUUACUACCAAGACUUAGCUCAAAGACGAUUAGGCAAGCAGUAGGAGUUGUGGGCUGCGUGAUAAUGCCUCACAACGUGUUCUUGCACUCGGCUCUUGUACAGUCGAGGAAGAUCGAUCCAAAGAGGAAAUCACGCGUCCAAGAAGCGCUCAACUACUACCUGAUCGAGUCAUCGAUCGCUCUUUUCAUCUCCUUCUUGAUCAACCUGUUCGUGACUACAGUCUUUGCAAAAGGCUUCUACGGAACAGAGAAAGCUAACAACAUUGGCCUAGUGAACGCCGGUCAGUUCCUUCAGGAGAAGUUCGGAGGCGGGCUUCUCCCGAUUCUCUACAUCUGGGGGAUCGGGUUGUUAGCCGCCGGACAAAGCAGCACGAUCACCGGAACAUACGCAGGACAGUUUAUAAUGGGAGGUUUUUUGAACCUCCGGCUUAAGAAAUGGAUGAGAGCAGUGAUCACAAGAAGCUGCGCGAUUGUCCCGACUAUGAUUGUGGCGAUUGUGUUCAACACUUCUGAAGCUUCUUUGGAUGUUUUGAACGAAUGGCUCAAUGUUCUUCAGUCUGUACAGAUUCCGUUUGCUCUUCUCCCUCUUUUGACAUUGGUGUCUAAGGAAGAAGUCAUGGGAGACUUCAAGAUUGGACCUAUGCUUCAGAGAAUAGCAUGGACUGUGGCUGCACUUGUGAUGAUCAUCAAUGGGUAUCUUCUGUUGGACUUCUUUGUAUCGGAAGUGGAUGGGUUUAUGUUUGGAGUUGCGGUCUGCGUUUGGACGGCCGCUUAUAUCGCGUUUAUAGUCUACCUGAUUUCACAUAGCAACUUUCUUUCUUCUCCUUGGUGUUGGUCUUCUUCUUCUUCCUCUUCCUCUUCCUCUUCAAUAGAACUUCCCAAAAGAGUAGUGACUGUUUCAGAUAGCUAG